CGCAAAACGCAUGCGUGGAAGAAUUGAUUUCCCAAAAUGACGUCACAAAAUGGUCGACGCGUUCGCUCAGUAUAAAAACUAAAAAUUAAGGCAAAGGUUGGUUGUCCAAAAGGCUGAUUCUGCCAGAAAUUGGUUCAUUCGCGUCGGGGCAUCGCGGUGGAUCGUUCGAAUAAAUGCUACUUGAUUUGUGUACACAGUGACUGGUAGCUAAGGAGACUCGAUAUGGUUUAUCCUGUUGUACUUAAGUUUGUGAAAAUGUUGGAGUCUACGUGUCCUGUUUUGCUGAAAUUAUUGUGUUUAUCGCUGCUGGUGUGCUCGGUGCAAGGCCUGCAGCUGGACAGCCAGGCCUCCACACGAAGGCCGAGGGUCACGAAAUACAGCAGAACGACCGUCGCUCCAGGGGGCACAACGGAGGCGGUGACAGAACGGAGUUUAUCAACGGCGACUUACCGCCUGCAGGGCAGCGGCGGGGAGACAUGCAUCCUGCUCACAGUAGACGCACUUAUAGAUAUCUCUUAUCUUACCAAGCUGAACGAGCGAGCGGACGCGAACACAUUCGUGCCGAACAACGCGAAUGUGGGGGGUGUGUGCAAGGAGGGGGAUGCCGAGCAGCUCGUCAUCUCCUUUAAGGAAUUCACACUCGAAUUCUCGUUCGCUAAGACACCAGGCGGUGAGCGAUGGUAUUCCGGCAACAUCAAACUGAGCUACAACUCCAGCGCCAGAAUCUUGGAGCACGCUGCCAAGCAAGGACGUAGGGUAGUUCUGACAACCGACUCUCGAAAUCUUCUGUUUCCUACUCCGGUCGGCAAAUCGUUCUUCUGUCCUGAGGAGACAGUAAUAGACCUCAAUGAGGAUGAGACUAGUCCAGCCAUCGCUCACAAGGCCAAGCUGUACCUCCGCCAAAUGCGUCUCCAAGCCUUCAUGUUCAAACGCGAUGGUGAAUUCGGUCCCCCCUGGCACUGUUCCGACUCCGCCCGAGCGCGUUCCGAGACUGCCCCUGUCGCCGUCGGCGCUGCGCUCGCGAUAGCCACCGCUGGUACUCUGGUCUGUUACGCCAUCUGGCGCUAUUUGAAGGUCAAGAAGGUACAAUAUGACACGAUGGAGUGAAGGGGUUAAUUGCGUUCUGGACGUUUUUGUUGCUUUUUUAGGGAUGUGCGCGAUCGAAAAUAUCGAUAGCAGAAAGUUAAAAAUUCCAAUAAGGGUUUUUUGAUAGGAGUUUUCUUCACUAACUGACAGUUGUCAGAUCUAAUACCAAAGUUCGAUUAUGAAAUUAAGAUUACAUUUUGCUCAAUCUUAAUUGAGCCACAGGGAUGGUAAUAAUUUCACCAUCGAUCUGCAAAUGUGUCAAGUCAAAACCCUAAUUUGGUGGAUUAUUUACAUCUUUAAUUGUAAAGCAGCUUUAUGACUUGAUUUUUAUAGGGGUAUCCAGACGGGACUGACGAAAUCAGUCGAUUUGUUCAGGAAAAUAAUUGGUCUAUCUCAUCUAGCGUCCACACGUACACAAAUUAAAUCACCAAUUUGCAUUCUACUAUGAAAAUUGGCAUUUUUGUGAUGCCGCAUCUGCUGAUGUGAUCGGGGAAUCAAAUUGGUAUUUGCGCCACCAUAGCCCUGUUCGAUCGGAGAAUUUCAUCAGAUUGGCGAAAAAUUGUCUCGUCUAUACAACUUAAAGCAGCUUUAUGACUUGAUUUUUAUGUUUGAUGAAAUAAUUGCUAGUAAAAUGAUGGAACUUUAGAUAAGAGUAUGGAAACGGUUCUAAUGGUAUUUGUAACUUCGUGAAAGGAGUUAAAAGGAGUUGCUAUUUCAUCUCACGCUUUAUUUUUUGAUGCGUGUGUGAUAUUUUACGAUUUUAAUACUUUUCGUGGCUGUAUUAUUUUGUGGGUGAAGUUCAGAACGCAUUGUAUGUAAUUUGUAUGUAAGCUAAGAUAGUGAGAUCUCAAAACUAAUUAUGCCAAUGUCGAUACCUUUUUAGAGCGGUAGACCAAACUGAUGUCAAUUUGACGUUUGACAAGUUGUCAGAUUUGACGUACGCAAGUGAGAUAAGUAAUAUAUGGUUCGCAACGCUAAGCGCAAAUUCAUUGUUGCCAUAUCAUAAAAUUACACGUUAAAGUUGGUAGGCCUGUAUUUUAAAUAGGAAUUUGAAAUGUCCAUAUCAUGCGAUAUAAUUUCCUUAGCGCAGUUCCUCUAGUGAUGUGAAAUGAAAUAUCGAUAUUACGAUAUCGUUUUUGAACCCAUUUUUUUGUAAACAAAAUUGAAAGCGAGGGAGUAUAUGGAUGAUAUUAUAAUAAAAAGAUUUCCAUCUAUAUUAUAAUAGUGUAAUGGACGAAAUGUGAAUUAAAAAGGCAGUAAGUCUGCGAGAAAGUUAGUAAUAGUUGUUUAAAAAUGUUGUUGACGGUUGAUUAUUAAUGUAAAAAAAUAUUUAAUCCCAACCUAUAUAACCCCAAAGUUCCCAUAGGUUAGAUCCUUUUAUUUACUAAAAAAACUAAGAAAAUUGGCUUACACUCAUUGGAAUUAUAAUUUAGAGUCAAUUUACUUGAGGACUAUAAUUAGUGCAUCAUAAUCAUUAUAAUAGGUACAUAUCACAUGAUAAUAAUUAUAUAAUUUAGCGUUCAUUGUAAUGAAUAUGGAGGAUAUAUGAUAUAUUUGUUUGCGGUAGCGGACACUAAUGAGUACGUGUACAAGCAAUAAGUACGUUUUUAUUAUGCCCGUCGUAUGACACAUGGCUGAAUCGAUGUUGUAUUGUGCGCAAAACUUGGGGUUACUAGUGUCGUAUCGUAUUGUAGAGUUAAGAUUAUAUGCUUCAGGGGUCUGAAAAAACUGAACCGGUUGGUGAUCAACGAUUACACUUAAGGCUCAUUUAGACGGUGCGAGAAGUCCCAUGCGAGUAGGGUUGCCAUAUGGAAGAAUUAAAUGUCCUGAUAAAAAUCGUGACAUCACCCUAAAAAUCCGGACAUUUCUUGUAACAGAGAUUUGGCGUAGCUUGAACGACGCCCCGGCGGCGCGCUGCUCGGUGUACUGUAUCGUUGAAAGAAAUAUUAUUGUUUUCGUUCAUUACUUACUAAUGCUUUGUUAACUUUGUAAUAAAUAUAUCUCAUAAAAACAUUUUUAUAAGGUCAUUCCUAAAAAUCCGGACACUUGCCAAGUCCGGCAGCAAUCCGGACAAAGGGUCAAAAAUCCUGACAUGACCAGGACAAAUCCGGACGUAUGCGAGUUUCAUUAACAUGGCGGUUUUUUAUCGAUCGGUUGAAUUGGAUGUAACCAACAACAGUCCGCAAUGUAAUUAAAAUCUCAUGUGAGUUCGCGCGCCGUCUAAAUCAGCGCUUAUGUACCUAAGUACUUACUCAAAAUCUGUAGGUAACUUUCUAUCACGGAUUGAAAUAAUAUGCAUAUCCAAAUGCAUAUCAGUGCUGUUAACAAGAUUAUAUUUAAAAUUGUAUACUUUUCUAGGAUAAUGAGUUUCUUGACUUAAAUAUAUACACAAAUAUUGUAUUUUACUACUUGGUGAAAAUGGUGAAUAAGAUAGGUAACAACCACCAUCAUUUGCUUGAUGCUUGAAAGCGUGGUCCUCUAUAAUGAGGAUAUAACUGUCAGCAGCUUAGGAUAUCAUGGAUUGAGUUCGGAUUCAAAAAGCAAGAGUGUCACUGUAGUAUUUAUACCACAAAGACCUAUGAAUUGUAUUAAAUUUACGUUCCUAUAGCGUUUAUUAAGACCUGUACCUGAUGCACUGCAGAGCUAUUGAAAAAUAACAAACUAUUACAGUACGGAUAUGAUGGUCGUUCUUGUCUACGUGACAGCGUGAUAAAACGGUGUCCGUCACUUUAUACCACGGUGUUAUAAAGUGACAGUUAUUUUAUCACGUGGAUAAAGAUAUCAUGGCUGGUCUUGAUGGCUCUAAGCAUUGUCACUCAGUUUUGUCAUGGCAAUGAUUAUAUAUAACCAGCUGCUUCUUAAUACGUUCUUCCUCUUAUUAUAAACGUUUAUUUUGAAGUAACAAAAUACAAUGAAAUUUCUUUUGAUCCCCUGGACCUGUUGUUAUAAUUAUGUUCAAUAUCUAAUCUAUAUAUAUGCACGUUCUUUAUCUAUUUAAGAUCAAUUUAAUUAUAAAACCUACGAGAUUUAAAUUCUAUAUAUUAUUGACUUAUAGGGUACAUGGUAUUGACAAAAACAUAUCAUUUUUGUCAUAUGAUUAAUUAUAAGCAUUUCUUUACUUCGGAACAUUUAAACCCCAAUACUUCCAGUAUACCUCUGCAAAGUAGCAUCGCUUUUUUGUAUAACUGUCUUUAUCACAAGGCAUACAGGCUCUAACAAUUCUACUAUUAUACUUAUUUGUAAUAUUAUACUCAAAUAUUUAUAAGCAAAAGAGAAAUAACUAGUAUUAAAGACGAGAUGCCGAGAUUUUCGUGGCAUUUUUUAAUUGUCAUAGUGACGUCUCUCUCGUUAUCGACCAAUGAUAUAUGUAUACAUAUCGAUACAUAUAGCACACAACAUAUUACACAAGAUUAAGCGUAGAGGCAAACAACAGGCGUCCUUACCGCUAAAGAUCAAUUUCUUCCAGAUAUCUUUUGAGUAGUUGCGAAUGUGAAAUUGAAAUAAUAAAGUCACUAUGACAAUUCAAUAAUGCCACGAAAAUUCCGGCCUCUGCUAAAGACACUAGUGGCCAAGUUUUGUUAGUUAAGCGCUACGUGUUAAAGCUUGAGUCUAAAAUUUGUUUAUCGUAACCUAAUACUCAUCAAUUACUAUUAUACAUAUCGUUUAAUCUAAGUUAAUGUAACAUGCGUUUUGUGAUCACUGUCGUGUAAGUUUGUAUCUUAUUUGUAUGCAUCUAGGGUUGCAUUUAGCUUAAGUUAGAUAUAUAGUCCCUCAGUCUUGCUUGCUGUACAUAUGGAGAGCUUUCGUUUCGCCGAAUACAGAAUUCCACUUUUAUAUUUAAUCUACUUGGAUUUUUCGAUAUAUUUAUACAUACAGGCAUGAUGCUUUUUUCGUCUAAUGUAAAUAUUUCUUGUCUCGUAAGCCACUUUUCGAAUUUUUCGAUUUGAAUCGCACUAUUGUUUGUAUUUCAAAUAAUAUAUCAUUUUAAGAAACUCUGAAUAUUUCUGAAACAUUUUCUAGUAGAAAGAUAUUCUAUUUUCCUAAUGGUUUUGUAUGGGACUCCUGUAGUUUGUUUCCUCAAUAGUUUGAUAGCAUUACGAAGGUAUCGGUGCAUUUGUAUUUAAAAAAUAAUGUUGUAUUAAAAAUAUUAUAUGCCAUACGAUUUGUCUUCCAGUAACAUUGAUCUUAACAAUAGCGUAAAGUAUUGUAGCUUAUUAUACAUAUACAUAAUUAUGGUCAUAGUCAAAGGUGGUGGUGUUAUGAUACAGUCAUAAGAUAGGACGGAGCAAGAGUCAUUGACUUUAGUCGUGUCUAAAUACUCUAAAUUAUAAGAAGUGUAAUAAACUCAAAACACCAAUUACAGAUAUUUUGGUAAAAGCAUAACAUUCACCACUAAAUAAUAUCUAAGUGACAUAUCUCAAAUUAUUGUAAUUUAGUGCGUUCAUUUAUUGAAUUGUCUUUAUGAAUAAAUGACGUCGAAAUGA